AUGAAGCUCUCCUUGUCGCACCACCUGCUCGAGAGCUCCAACAUCCUCCUCUCGUCGCACCACCGCAACACCACCGUCGUUACACUUACACGGAUGUUGUCUUCUCACUGCGAGAACAUGCUGCCCUACGCGCCGGGGCGGCGGGCGGCGGUGCUGCUGGACCACCGGCGGUACCGCCCGAACGUCGUCGAGGUGGCGCCCAGCUGCCCGCGCUGCGACUCGCCCAACACCAAGUUCUGCUACUACAACAACUACAGCCUCAGCCAGCCCCGCUACUUCUGCAAGGGCUGCCGCCGCUACUGGACCAAGGGCGGCUCGCUCCGCAACGUGCCCGUCGGCGGCGGCUGCCGGAAGAACCGCCGGGGCAAGCCGGUGGUGCGAGCCAUGGCCGCCGUCGAUGCCGCUGCCGUGGCGGCGGCCAGCGGUGGCGCAGCGGCGGCGGCGGCGUUCUCGCACCGGUCGUCGCCGUCGUCGUCGUCGUCCCCCGCCACGCUGCGGCCGGACUUGCUGCUGGAAGGCAUGAUCGGCAGCCCAGUCGGCCUGUGCCAGCAGCCGACGACGGACGACGCAGCCGAGAAUCCGUCCGUCGUGGCGCCCGAGGGAUCCACGAUCGACCUGGCGUUGCUGUACGCCAAGUUCUUGAACCAUCAGCCUGCGGCGGCGGCCGAGCCGUGCGCCGCCGCCGUCGUGCCGGAAUCGCUCGACACCUUGAGUGGGUCGUCGUCAGGUGAAGACGUGAGCCCCGUCGUCGUCCCACCGCGGGAUCAGCAGCCGUUCACGACGCAGGACGGCGGGUUUGGCGAGCUGUCCUCGACGGCGAGCGCGGCGGAGCCAAGCGCCGCCCCGCCACAGUGCCCCGACGACGCGUGUGCGGAGGCGGCGCUUGGGGCGUUCAGCGUGGACCCGUGCUGCUACGACUCGCUGGGUUUGCCUCCGGACGGCGGGGAUCUGGUCCUACCGUCAACGUGGCAUCUUGGGGCCAAGUACGAGCCGUUCGAUUCGCUACCCGAGGACGCCAUGAACCUUCAGGACGGCUUCGCCAGCGACGACGACGUGUGGAGCAGUGCGUUGGCUUGUCAAGGGCUGGAAGCAGCUCUCUGCAGCAGGCCGUAA